AUGGCAAACGAUAGUGAAAUAAGGUCUUUGAUGACCUUAUCGUCAAAAUCAGAAGGCAGUACUGCGCCACAGACGCGCGCCCGAUGGCGAAAUGCACCACUGCACGACCGGUGCACCAUCAAUGAUAUGGUCAAGUUAAAGGAAGCUUUCCAAGCAGCCUAUAGAAAUAAAUUAUUACCUAAUGAAUUCAGAAACCUUUUAAGAACGUUACUCAACGUCGAAUAUGAUGAGGAUGAAUUCAAGAUACUUUUUAUGAAGAUAAACACAAACCGCAACGGCGAGAUCGAAUGGGAUGAGCUGGUAUCGCACCUUCUGCUGGGCUACUUCGGAAACGACGCGGAGAACCAGCGUGAGUCCCUACAGCCGCCCAUCAUGGGCCUACCCACCGUCAUGCGCUCGCAGCACCGCCACCCCGUCUCUAGGAUAUGUUUCUGUCCUGAUGUGGCUAAAGAUCGCAGCACGGACCCGAUGCAGGGCGCGUACAUCACCGCGAGCAGAGAUGGCAUGAUCAACUGGUGGUCCCUCGACAUGAUUUUGCUUAGAACUGCCUAUUCGUCUAGACCACACUUGAAGGUUCGCACGACGUGGGUAACGGACAUGGUGUGCAUGCCCGACGUGAACAUCAUCGUGACCAGCUCCACGGAGCGCGACCUUCGCUUCUACGACUGCACCGCCAACACGUUCACGCUCAAGAUCGUCAUCACUAGCUGGGAGUACAUGAUCUGCACGAUGUACUACCACUUCCACAAAGAUGAAAACGAAAAGUGUAUUCUGAUCUGUGGCGACGUGGGCGGCAAUGUUCGCGUCCUGUUGUUUUCACCCAUCAAACGCGGCCCCUUCAAAAACGAGGCCGGCAGGGCUCUUAUACAACUAAGGCAUGUUGACCUGCAGCGAAAGCCCCGUCUACUCCCGGAGAUGACGUUGGUGGAGCUGACGCGCAUGCACUCGGAGUGGGUGCGGCAAGUCUCGUUCUAUGCGUCGCUGCACUGUGUGGUAUCAUGUGCCACGUGUCCCGACGCUCUACUCAUGUGCGACAUCGCCGGCUCCAAGACACACAACAUAUUCCAUGUUGAUAAGGGUAUCCAAUGCUUCGCCUUCCAUGAGGAAGCUCAUAUUCUGGUGACGGGGGGUCCCGAUUGCGCAAUCCGCGUGUGGAACCCAUUCGUGCCUGCGAAAGCAAACGUAGUGCUACACGGACACCACGCCGGGGUCAUCUCGCUGGUACUGCAGAACAACGGGCAGACGAUCUACUCGCUGUCCCGAGACAGGGUUAUUAAAGUCUGGGAUUUACAAGGACAGGUGUGCAUACAGUCCUAUAUCGACAUCCCACCACAAGUGGGCGAGCGAACCCCCAUCACGGCGGUGUAUAACCCGGCGACUCGCGAGUUCAUCCUGGCAGCCAUCAAGAUUGCCGUGGUGAUUCUGGACGAGCAGCUCAAUCCGCAGCACACGGACGGCUUCACGCACUCACGCGCCGUCGCCAAGAUCCUCUACAAUCCGCUGUUCAAAGUAGUCAUUACGUGCGGGAUGGACAGCAUUAUUAUUAACUGGGAUCCUGUUACUGGUAAACGCAACGCAAUGGUCCGUGACGCUCACACUCGUUUGCUCCACGGAGAACUGAUUCCGGUGGAGAUUACCGCCGCCUGCUUCGACCCUGGGUACCAGCUGCUGCUUACAGGAGCUAGAAAUGGAUCACUGAAGGUUUGGAAUUUCAAUACUGGCUUGUGUCUGAGAACAAUGUACAUUGAACACAUGUGUGAAGUCACCAAUUGCUUCUGGGUAGAAGGGAGGAUCCUGGCCGUGGGCUGGAACCGUCACGUGACUGAAUUUGAAGACACCGGCACUGCUACCACCGGCAAGAGCUGGGAGACACGGCACACUGAUGAUGUACUGGCCGCAGCUGCACGCAGUCCCUUGUCACUCGCCACGGCCAGCUACAACUCUGAGCUCAUGCUGUGGAAACUCGAGACUGGUCAGCCUUACAGGCGUUUCUCCUGUACGGAGCCGAUGUUGCGGAUCAAAAUGCACUACAGCAAACGAGAUGCGGCCAAAACAGCUGCUGGAGCGUCAGCCAGUGGAGCAGCUUCUGCUGGAAAGAGAUCUUCAACUAUUCGGAAGCCAAGCAUGGGCGGUCCGCGCGAGUCUAUCAGCUCGUCGCUGGCGAUGCGCAAGGCGUACGCGCGGCGCGUGUCGUCGGUGGCGCUGCCGAUGCGCGCGCAGAACAUGCGCCAGCUCGCCGUGCACGCCUGCAUCUUCCUGCUCACUAGACCUAACGCCAUGAGGGUCGCUUCUCUAUUUCUAUCGCUGGAAAACGGUCAGGUGCAGGGCUGGUCGGACCACCCGGCGGGUGGUUACCAGGGCUCAUUCCAGGGGAUCCACACUGCCGGGGACUACGUGUCCGCGUUCGCGACAGACAUCGACAACGACUACUUGUUCACCGGCACCACCGUCGGGUACGUGAAGGUGUGGCUCAUGAAGAACUACCUCAGGAAUGAGGAGGUGCACAUUAAUAUGCCGAAGCUGCGUCUGGAGUUCCCGUUCCUGUGGCGCGACCGCGUGGAGGGCCGCGCCAAGCGCAGCGUGCGAGACCAGCCGCUGCCGCUGCUGCUCAACAGCUACCGCGCGCAUCUGCGCUGCAUUACCACCAUGGCCUACAUCGACGAGCUCAAGUUGCUGCUCAGCGGCAGUGCGGACUACAGCGUGCGCGUGUGGCGUCUGUCGGGCGAGUACCUGCAGACGCUGGGCAGCUUCAUGCCGUGGACGCUGGAGGUCACCAGGUUCCCACCCGAUGUCAAGAAGGUGGCCAGCUUCACCACGUUUAAGGUGUGGCGCGGCGGGUACGUGUCACGCUACGUGCCGGGCCAGGUGGAGGUGGACAAGCUGCGCGACAUCACGGAGCACGAGCUGCGGCACAAGACAUUCGGCGAGCCCCCUGAGGAGCCGCUACUGGGUCAUUACUUCAAGCUGCCACGCCGCCCGGAAGUGCAGGACCCAGUGGUGCUUGAUGAUUCGUUACAAACUAUCCCGGUGUACGCGCACCUGCGCACGGCGUCGACGCAGCCGGUGCGGCGGCCCGCCACGCCCGAGCUGGUGCGCGCCACGCGCCUGCAGCGCGCCGCCGCUCGCCGCGCGCGCUUCCAGUAGACACGAGACCCCGCGCCGCCGCACACGCCGCACACACCGCAUCACACAGCCGGUGCGGCGGCCCGCCACGCCCGAGCUGGUGCGCGCCACGCGCCUGCAGCGCGCCGCCGCUCGCCGCGCGCGCUUCCAGUAGACACGAGACCCCGCGCCGCCGCACACGCCGCACACACCGCAUCACACAGCCGGUGCGGCG